AGACCCUGAGCGGCUGCCCCGCCCCCGAAAAGGCCCUUUAAAAAGAGCCGGCAUGGGCGCAGGGAGUGACCGCUGCCGGGCGAAGGCGCUACGAGGGCUCCAUGGCCGAAGGAGGCGAAGGCGCGGGGGCGCUGGACGUGAUCCUAGAGGAUUAUUUCAUGAUGGAGGAGGACACAGGGGAAGAACCGGUGAUGGACAAAGCAACUGAAGAGGAUGAAAUUGAUCUUUAUAUUAACUUAACAUUCACUUCAGCCUACCCUGAAGACCACAGGGCAAAGGCCUUGACAAAGGAAUCUCAGAAAGUGGCUGCAGUUGACCCUGAGGAAGGGGAGGUGGUCGAUGCUGGAGGAGAAGACGAGACCGGAACUUCAGACGGGGAACCGAUGGUAGAAGAUGGAAAAGAAGAUAGACAUCUUCCCCAAGAGUCUCAGCCCCGGUUUACUUAUGGCACCAUGGAGGUAGAAGAAGAAGACAUGACCGACCAUGGAGAGGUGCCUACAAGUAAGAAUGCAGGAGAACUGCAUGACUUGGAAGAUCCAGCUGUCGUGAGUGCUGUACGCAGUCAGCUUCUUCUGGAGAAAGAAGAUUCUGCUGUUCUCGAAAGCAAACUGGCCAACAAUCUUUCAGAUUUUUCUCCCGAUUACUUGCCCCAUUCGAACUGUUGUAUGUGGAGUCCAACUCUGAGGAGGGGCCCGUCGUUAUCUAUGAUACAGGCUCUAGAAAGGGUGUCUCGGUCCCGUGCCGAACUAGACUUCUUGACUUCACCGUUGCGGACCAGCUACCUCGAUUCCCCUGAUGUGCACUGUUCGGCUUUCUGCGGGCGGACUCUGAAUGCCACUCCCCAGCGUUUCAUGCGUCAACAACCUCAAAUGAUGUCGCCUUCCGUAAGACCGCCUUAUCCGUUCACUCCACCCCGCAGGAUACGUCGUCCGUUUGGCCUUAGUCAGAUGUCAGGGUAUGCUUCUCCACCUCCGUUCCAACCGAUGUUUUCCAAUGCCAGCAGCCCAACGUGGGCUUUGACGCACACCCCCGAAACUCCACCCUUCAGCCCACUGAGUGGCAGCCAACAGAAGAUCAGCUUGCCCAGCGCAAUGACCCAAUUGCAUCCUUUGCAUCAGAGAUUUCUGACCCAAAGACAGCGAGGAGAAGAGGCGAGAUCGUGUUCCUGCUUGCCUCCAAGACUUCCCUCCGUAGACUCCCAAGGACCAGAAGUCGAUCCUUUCUCUGCUCUCAUGACUCCGAUUGAAAAAGAUUGGGUGAUAAAGGUACAGAUGUUACAGCUGCAGAGCGAAAAACCCCAGCGCGAUGAUUAUUAUUACCAGGAGUAUUAUCGCAAGCUGGAGCACAAACAAGCUGAGAAAGGACACCUGGCAGGGAGUAAACCAGAAGUCCCUAAGCUAGUCACCCCAUAUAUCCAAAGAGUUGAGACCUAUGAAUCCGUAGUGCGGAUUCCAGGAUCCUUAGGACAGGUAGCAAUGUCCACGUGCUACAGUCCCCGCAGAGCUAUCGAUGCCGUGCACCAUUUCUCUCUGGAACAGGCGGUGGGAAACCAACGGCUACAAGUCCUGUACCAGAUUGAGAAAAUGUACCUUCUGCUCCUGGAGAUGGAGGACGUUCAGCGGAAACUGGAUCAGGCCCCAGAAGAGAUGCAACCCCAGUUACGUGAGAAACUUCUCCAUGUGGUAGAGCGCACCUAUCAAGCACUGAGAAUUGAAGAGCAUUCUGGGGAAGAAGAGGUGAAAGAGGAAUUUCUACAGAUUCUACUGGUAGGAAAAGGGAAGCGGUUAGUGGCACGGCUUCUGCCACAUCUGUCCCUGGAGCAAGCCAAGAUGACUCUUGUCACCAUUGUGCAACACCUAGCAGUGCUUAUCAAGAAGGACUUGCUGGAGGAGACCCUCUCUGUCCUCUACAACCCUCUCUGCGACACCAUUGGACAGUUGACAUUUAGAGAGUUGAUGGAUGUCCUCCAGGAACUCGCCCAGUUGCAGCCGGAUUCUGUCAAGCAGUCCCUCGCUUUGGUCUUUAGCAAUAAGUUUGCCAUCUCGUUGCUGUACCUGUUCUUAAGCCAUGGCGAGAGAUGCCUCUCUUCCGAUACAUCCCCAAAGCCUGAUAGCAAAGACUUGGAAAAAUGGGUGGACUUGGUACUACUUGUUGCAAGGGAGCUCUCUCAGAUUCCCAAAACGUCCAUGGUGGAACCACUUCACCUUCCCAGCAACCUUCUCUUCCUCUUCUGUCGCUAUGUGGACAAAGACACCGUGAACCGGUUGGAUGUUCAGAUGGACUGAGGAUUAUCCAUCGUUAAAGGAGUGUGUUAUC